AUGCCGUGUCAAAUGGAAUAUAACAUGGAGACGAUGAUGUUCACGUUUCACAAAUUUGCUGUGGACAAAUGCUCCUUAACGAAGGAGGACCUGGGGGUGCUCAUGGAAGAGGCAUUCUCUGGAUUUUUGGAAAGCCAAAACCACCCUCUGGCUGUGGGCAAAAUAGUGAAGGACUUGGACCAGCACCAAGAUGGCAGAGUGGGCUUCCAGAGCUCCUCUGUAUUGCUCACCAGACUCACCAUCGCCUGCAAGGACCAGUUUAUAACACACAUGGAGCAAAAGGGAAAGAAGGAAGGAGGCCGAAUGGAAGAAUCGCUCAUACCCUGUCAGACUGCUGCAGGAAUCUGCCCCAUAGCUUCUCCCCUGUUUGAGGAUUGCGUAAACAGGCUGGAGCCCUUCAGAAGAAUGUGUACAAGUAAAAGCCAAGUCCCAUCUGAUAAGUAG